AUGCGGUAUCAGCAAUUCGUUGCCUACGUUAAUUUACUCCGCGACCGUUAUGUAGCAAUCAAUGAAUACGUUAGUCAUUUGACCUUGCACAAACAUGAAGAUUCCAAGUACCUAGAAAAACCCGCGAAAAGGUAUUCAGCGCAGAAUUGGAAGCCAAGUUGGCACCGGAUAACAGAUCAUGAGCCUUUGAUUGUGAUGAAUAAACUGAAACAUCUUCAACGUACACAACGUUUGAUGGUUGAAGCCAAUAAAACUCUGCGCCAUCUGUUUAGUUGGUCGAUGCUUCUCAACGUAGCGAACGAUUUCCUCAAUGUUUUAAUCAACUUCUAUUGGCUGAUCCUUAAUAUCAUUGAUGUUGACUCGAAACUGCAGUUAAUUGGUGUAAUGUCGUGGGGAUUUUUCAAUAUCGCAAUGCUCAUUUUGGUAUCGAAGGCAUGCCAUUUUGCAUGCUAUGAGGGUAUCAAAUUUUCAGCGCUUGUACAAUCAAUUGAUCUGGCCAAUACAAGUCCCGAACUCGACUGCAUGGCUCUAAUGACACCAGCUCUACUUCAUAAGAUCAAUUUGAACGGUUGUGAUGAAAUAUUUUGUGAAAUGAUUUUGCAGUUUUCAUCGCAGUGCAUACAUCAAAAAGUCAAUUUCACGGCAUUUGGCUUAUUUUCAGUCGAUUUCUCCAUGAUUUUAAUGAUCACGGGAGCCAUCAUUACCUAUCUCAUAUUUUUGAUUCAAUUUGCAAUCUCCUUUAUGAAGCAACAGAAUAAAGUUCCAGCUUAG